AUGGCUUCUUCUUAUACUCUCUUCAUCACUCUCUUAAUCAUCACCUUGUCUCCAACCUUUCUCCAAGUGGUUCUCGCUCAAAUGAUCCCAGGCACCACCACAGCUACAUGUUCCUCCAUGCUUCUUUCCUUGGCUCCAUGUGGUCCAUUCGUGCAAGGCUUCGUCCAGCUCCCUGCUCAGCCUUGUUGUGACGGCUUAAACCAGAUCUAUAGCCAACAACCAACCUGUCUCUGUCAAUUCCUCAACAACACUUCCGCUUUAUCCCCUGCUUUCCCAAUCAAUCAAACUCUUGCUCUUCAAUUGCCUCCUCUUUGCAACAUUCCCGCCAAUUCCUCCUCUUGCUCCUCCUCAUCCUCCUCCUCCUCUCCUGGAGUGGCGCCUAGUGUUUCCUCCUCAGUGGCUCCACCACCUUCUAGCUCAAAUGGUUCUCAGGUUUCACAAGGUUCAAAGAACAAGUCUAGUGUCGCUGCAACCCCCGUGGCUCAAGUUGCAUCAAGACCCACCAGUUUCAUGGGGCUAGGUUAUCCUCUGAGAUCAUCUGGUUCCAAGUCUGAGAUUCAGCUAACAAUCCUCGCAGUCGCAGCAGCUAUCUUACCUGGAUCUCUCCUACUCAUCUAA